AUGGAGGACGGCCCCACCAAGCUUCCUCCGGGAGCCUACCUCCGCUCCUCCCUUCCCCAGGACUGGUUGGGCCAGGAUGACCACGGCGUGGUCCCGCAGCAGAUGCUUGAGACAAAGCAGUUCAGUGGAAGCAACUGCCACCUGGGCACCUGCAGAGUACCUGAGGUACCCAGGAUGGUUUACGCCAAGGCCCAGGUCCUCAAGCCCACGAGGGCCGACGUGCUGGUCAUGACCCCCUGGUUUGCUCCCAUCAUCUGGGACGGAGUCUUUGACUCUACCAUUCUGGACGCGCAAUUCCAAAAUGCCACCAUUGGGCUGACCGUGUUUGCCAUCAAAAAAUACGUGGUCUUCCUGGAGCUGUUCCUGCAGACGGCAGAGAAGCACUUCAUGGUGGGACACAGGGUCACCUACUAUGUCUUCACCGACCGGCCCACCGAUGUGCCCAGGGUGCCCCUCGCGGAAGGGAGACAGCUGGUGGUCCUGGAGGUCCGAAACUAUUCGCGCUGGCAGGAUGUGUCCAUGCACCGCAUGGAGAUGAUUAGCAACUUCUCGCAGCAGCGCUUCCUCCUUGAGGUGGACUACCUGGUGUGUAUGGACGUGGACAUGAAGUUCAGCGACCACGUGGGUGUGGAGAUCCUGUCCCCCCUCUUCGGCACCCUGCACCCUGGUUUCUACAGGGUGGCCCGCGAGGCCUUCACCUACGAGCGCCGUCCACAGUCCCAGGCCUACAUUCCGAGAGACGAGGGUGACUUUUACUACGCAGGAGGCUUUUUUGGGGGUUCGGUGGUCGAGGUUCUCCAGCUGACCACGGCCUGUCACCAGGCGAUGGUGGUCGACCGGGCCAACGGGAUCGAGGCCGUGUGGCACGACGAGAGCCACCUGAACAAGUACCUUCUCUACCACAAGCCCACCAAGGUGCUGUCCCCAGAGUACCUGUGGGAUGAACAGAUGCUGCAGAGGCCUCCUUUCCUCAGGAAACUGCGCUACGUGGCGGUGCCCAAGAAUCAUGCGGAAAUCCGGAACUGA